GGGACGGUCUCUUCGCGUAUCCUCCCGCCAGCCGCUAGGUGUUUGGGUUCGCAGGCCUGUGCGUGGGUACUUUGUUAUUUUUUAUUGUUAUUAUUGAGGAGUCUGAAAUUGAUGGAAGGAGUAAAAUUAAGAGGAAAAAGAAGGGAUAAAACAAAAGUAAAGUUUUGGGGUGAAAUUCCCGCUCCAGGAACAACCUCUUCUCCCCAACUGCAAAACGGACGGGGCGAGAGGGGACUACAUGUCCCUGCAUGCCCUGCGGCUUUUGAACUACAAGUCCCAGCAUGCCACAUCUAUAUCAUUUAAUCUGCAAUGUAGGUAUUUGGGAGGCCGUGAAUUGUCACCGAGGAGUGGUUUCUUGAAGUCGCGGUGUGUGAUUGUGACUGGAAAAUAGAGAAGUAUUUUAUGUAUAGGUCUCUAAGAGGCAAGAGAUGGCUUUGGUAAAAAAGCGGUUGGGUUCGUAAAGGACGUGGUAAGAAGAGAAUUUAAGGCACCACCGGCAGAGAGAAACUGUUGGGAGUGUGUUUGAUGCCCUGUCUUCCCGAACGUGCGCUUUUCUGUCUUCUUCCGAGCUGAUUGACCCUCUUCAGCCUCCGUAGGCAGUGGGUCCAAAGUGCCGGUCAAAAUGGAAGUGAAUCCCCCCAAACAGGAGCACCUGCUGGCCCUGAAAGUGAUGCGGUUGACUAAGCCUACUUUAUUCACCAAUAUUCCAGUAACAUGUGAAGAGAAAGACUUACCUGGAGACCUCUUUAACCAGCUCAUGAGAGAUGAUCCUUCAACUGUAAAUGGUGCAGAAAUUUUAAUGUUGGGAGAAAUGUUGACUUUACCACAGAAUUUUGGGAAUAUAUUUUUGGGAGAGACCUUUUCCAGUUAUAUCAGCGUUCAUAAUGAUAGCAAUCAAGUUGUAAAAGAUAUAUUGGUUAAAGCUGAUCUUCAGACAAGUUCUCAGCGUUUAAAUCUUUCAGCCUCCAAUGCUGCAGUGGCUGAACUUAAACCUGAUUGUUGUAUAGAUGAUGUCAUACACCAUGAAGUAAAGGAGAUUGGAACACACAUCUUGGUGUGUGCAGUGAGUUAUACAACUCAGGGUGGAGAAAAAAUGUAUUUUAGAAAAUUCUUCAAAUUUCAGGUUCUCAAACCAUUGGAUGUGAAAACCAAAUUUUACAAUGCAGAGAGUGACCUCAGUUCUGUGACUGAUGAAGUAUUUCUUGAAGCCCAGAUUCAGAAUAUUACAACCUCACCCAUGUUUAUGGAGAAAGUUUCAUUGGAGCCAUCUAUAAUGUACAAUGUAGCAGAAUUAAAUUCAGUCAACCAAGCUGGAGAAUGUGUAACUACAUUUGGGUCAAGAGCAUAUCUGCAGCCAAUGGAUACACGCCAGUACUUGUACUGCCUAAAACCCAAGAAGGAGUUUGCAGAAAAAGCAGGCAUCAUUAAGGGAGUAACGGUAAUUGGAAAAUUGGAUAUAGUAUGGAAAACAAAUCUAGGUGAAAGGGGAAGAUUACAGACCAGCCAACUUCAAAGAAUGGCUCCAGGUUAUGGAGACGUUAGGUUGUCUUUGGAGGCAAUCCCAGAUACUGUAAACCUAGAAGAACCUUUUCAUAUUACUUGUAAAAUAACAAACUGCAGCAGUGAAAGGACGAUGGAUCUCGUUUUGGAAAUGUGCAAUACCAGUUCUAUCCACUGGUGUGGCAUUUCAGGAAGACAGCUUGGAAAGCUCCAUCCAAGUUCCUCUCUCUGCCUUGCCCUCACUCUACUGUCUUCAGUACAGGGACUGCAAAGUGUCUCCGGCUUAAGACUAACAGACACGUUCUUAAAGAGAACAUAUGAAUAUGAUGACAUCGCACAAGUCUGCGUGGUAUCUUCGGCCAUUAAAGUGGAAAGCUGAAGAAAAUUUCCAACGUUAUGCUUGUCAUUGAGUUUCCCAGAACUUUCUGUAUUUUUGUCACUUUUGUAAAAUGAUCAAGUCAACAGUAAAAAUAAGUAUAUAUUAUUUACAUUUCUUUCCUGUAAAACAGUUAAAAUAUUAAAUAUUUGUUUUGAAAAGAACCAUCUACUGAUUUUAUCUUGUGAGUUACAGUCUAGAUGAACAUUUGUAUAUUUUCCACACAUAUGCUAUUUUGUUUCAUUUUAAAUGACCAUUGGACUUUGUUCUCCAAAAGCUCUAUAUUUGAGGCCAUUUGUCCCUAGCAGGUAUCUUGAAUAAUGGUCAGCAAACUUUUCAUGUAAAGGGCCAGAUACUACAUAUUUUAGACCUUGCAGUCCAUGCGGUUUCUAUUGAAAAUGCUCAACUCUGCUGUUGUAGUGCAAGAGCAGCCAUUAGGCAAAAAUUGCACAGCAGCGUUUACACAAACAGACAGCUGGCCAGAUAUGGCCUGCAGGCCGUAGUUUGCUGACCUCAAUCUAGAAGAUACAGUUGUUUCUUAAAACUUUAGAAUUCUUACCAUACUUUACUUAGAAGUAUUUCCGUUAACCCCAGUUUUUUCCCUCAGUCAAUAUAAAAAGUUUAAAAUAACCGGGGUGGUCCUCAUGUAAUCUUGUAUUUGCUAACACAAUAUGAGUUUUUCUACCUGUUUUCAAAAUUAUCGUAUUGGUAUCUGUGUUUGUGUGUACAUACAAACACACGUCUAACUUUCAGUUACUAACAGCAGAUCAGAAUUGGUUUUAUUUCUUAAAUUGUUGAUUACUCUGUUAACUAAGAAGUCUGAUAAUUUCCUAAUUCUAAGCCAAAAAAGUCCUGUUUUUUUUUCCCAUUGAAAAAUAAGCCAGUUAUUUUCAUAAGGCAUACUUAAAGGAUUUCCAGCUUCUGAUAUUUGCUUUUGAACUCUACAUCAUGUAUUAUUAUAAAACUUUCUAUCUCUGCAUGUAAUCACACUAAUUUACUUAUGCCAUAUACAAAACAAUGAGAAAGUUAAGACUAUAAACAACUUUACAUCAUGAAUGUAAUAAAAGUUUCAAUAUUUUGAAAACAAAAGCUAAUACUGUUAAAUAAAAACUUAUUUUGCUAAGUUGAAAUUCAAGGAUGUAUAUAUAAUUGCUUACAUGUAAAGAGUGCAUAAAGUCAAAUACAAAAGUUGGUUUUUCUUAAAUGCAUAAUUAUUUAUUGCCAUGACAAACUGUUUGGUCCAAAAUGAAAGCUAUAUUCAGAAUGAGAUGUGCCCUUAAAUUGGAGAGGUAAUCAAUGAAAUGUCUGUGCAAAAUAAAGUGCAAGCAGUAUAAAAUUGAAGUCUUGUGUUUCCUCCAAAAUGAGUACAAUUGAUUAAAUGAUGAAAUAAGA